UACGGAAACAUUCAUAACAAAACAAAUAAACAGCUGCUCAAUUUGACGCAAUCCAGCGAAAGUGACACGCAAACAAAUUCCAAAUCUCAACUGGAUAUCAACUAGAACUAAAAUAGCAAUUGAAAGCAAUUGAAUAUGUCUGCCAUCGACGAAUUGCAGGCGAAAAUCGCCGAACUAAAAGUUGAAUUAGAGCACCAAAGAAAUGCGUCAAAAGCUGCACGAGAGCGCAUCGAAAAAAUGUCCGCGGAAGUGGUUGAUUCCAAUCCCUAUAGUCGCCUUAUGGCACUUCAGCGUAUGGGGAUCGUUAAGGAAUAUGAGCGUAUACGUGAGAAAACCGUUGCUGUAGUGGGCGUUGGUGGCGUAGGAAGCGUUACGGCGGAUAUGUUGACAAGAUGUGGCAUCGGAAAACUUAUACUCUUCGACUACGACAAAGUAGAGUUGGCCAACAUGAAUCGGUUAUUUUUCACCCCCGACCAGGCUGGCCUAUCUAAGGUGGAGGCUGCAGCGCGUACUCUAACCUUCAUUAAUCCCGAUGUACGCAUUGAGACGCACAACUAUAACAUAACUACUGUGGAGUCAUUCGAUAAAUUCCUAAAUACAAUAUCUCAUGGUGGCCUUCAGCCAAAAACGCCAGUUGAUCUUGUCUUAAGCUGCGUUGAUAACUUUGAAGCUCGUAUGGCAAUCAAUACUGCAUGUAAUGAGUUAGGUCUAAAUUGGUUCGAAUCUGGCGUUUCCGAGAAUGCGGUAUCAGGACACAUACAAUUCAUACGCCCAGGUGAAACUGCAUGUUUUGGUUGCGCUCCCCCCUUAGUGGUGGCGGAAAAUAUUGACGAGAAAACGUUGAAACGUGAAGGAGUAUGUGCCGCUUCACUGCCCACUACAAUGGGUAUAACAGCAGGCAUGUUAGUGCAAAAUACACUCAAGUAUUUGCUCAACUUCGGUGAAGUAUCGGACUAUUUGGGUUAUAAUGCAAUGAAUGAUUUCUUUCCUCGCAUGAGUCUGAAACCAAAUACUCAAUGUGAUGACCGACACUGCCAGGAACGUCAAAAGGAAUACCAGGCACGCCCAAAAGCUGCUGUGGAAGAGAGUGUUGUAGUAGAUGAUGCGCCACUGCACGAAACAAAUGAAUGGGGCAUUGAAUUGGUGGAUGAUUCGCCAGCUGCCGGAGGUGCAACCUCAGUAAUGGCUGGUAGUGAUGUUGCUGCGGGCUUGCGCCUAGCAUAUGAUGCACCUGAUAAUAUAGCGACAGAUGAACCAACAGUUGCCGCAACUUCUAAUGUGGAUUUAGAUGAAUUGUUUGCGCAAAUGAAGGCAUUAUAAGGAUAAGUGAUAAAAAUCGAGAAACUAAGUUAUUCCAUCAAUUAAGACUCUAAACCGCAUUAUUUAAUUUUAUACAAACGUGUACUACAAAUAAGCAAGCAAGAUAUUCAGAAUAUAAUGAUAGCUUACCCCUAA